AUGAACAGGGUCAACUGUCACCUCCUCGGGAUCUCAAUCAAUGGGACAAUGGCCAGGGAUGAAAGGACCAUGUCGCGUUACAAUGUGGCAAACGUUACCACAGUGAUGACACUCAUAGAACGCAUCCUUCCCGUCGAUGGUUAUACCUUUACAUUGCUCGUGCCAUAUCUGGGCCAAAAGAGCCUGUACAUCGAGGCCCUCCAAAGGCUUUCUCAAAGAACUGGCGUGGCCUUUGAACAUCUCCCAAAGGUCCUCACGAUCGAUACGGCCCAAGGCCACGAAGCGGACGUCGUACUGGUAGAUUGGACAGUCACCAACUCGGAGAGGCGCUCCGACCUUGGCUUUCUUCAGGAAAAUCGUCGGGUUAAUCUGGGACUUACCAGAGCAAAGGGCUGUCUUCUCUCUGUCGGCAACGAAGAUAUUGCGUCUGGGAAACUGUCCAAUCACCUAUAG